UAGUGGGCAGCCUCGGAGCUCCGGCCGGCCCCGGAGCUUGCCGGGCGCCAUCGCGGAGCGCGGGCUGCGGAGAACUCCAUCCUGCUACUUCACCGGGCGCCGCGCUCGUCUUCCCAGCGAGGUGGGAGCCCUUCCUCCCUGUGGGCCGACGUCCGAGGAGACCCUCAUUCUUGCUCCCAGUAAGCCUAAGAGAUUGUGGACUAGAAGCUUCGGAGGCGAUUAAGCGAACCUUCUACAACCUCUCGGAUCUCGACAGGCUCCCUUUCGGGGCGGGAGACCACAGUGGGGCAUCUCACUGGGGGUGCAGGAAUGGAAGAACCCACCUUGCAGCUUCUCUGCAGUGUGGCUUGCCAGUACCCCUCGGCAUGAAGAGGAGACUUGUAAUAACCCGAUGAGGUACUGAAAGCCAAAUGGCAAAGAAGCCACCACGGGACAGCAACGUGUGAUCGUUUGAGGCGGUGGGGGAUCGUCAAGCACGUUUCUGAAAGUAAUUGGACAAGCGUGAGAGGUGCCCUCUUAAAAAAGCACAACAACUCUUCAUUUUUGCCAAGAUUUUGAAAACAGUUCAAUGUAUUGUACGUUUGAUAUAAGAUGAGAACUUUAUAAAGUAUUCUUUCCAAGAGCGUGAACGAUGACUACUCCAGCCCUGCUGCCCCUGUCUGGACGCAGGAUACCACCUCUGAAUGUGGGGCCUCCCUCCUUCCCACAUCACAGGGCUACCUUGAGACUUUCUGAGAAGUUCAUCCUUCUCCUUAUUCUUAGUGCCUUCAUCACCCUGUGUUUUGGGGCAUUCUUCUUCCUUCCAGACUCUUCAAAACACAAACGCUUUGAUCUGGGUUUAGAAGAUGUGUUAAUUCCUCAUGUAGAUGCCGGCAAAGGAGCUAAAAACCCUGGAGUCUUCCUGAUCCAUGGACCCGAUGAACAUAGACACAGGGAAGAAGAAGAACAACUGAGAAAUAAAAUUCGAGCUGAUCAUGAGAAGGCCCUGGAAGAAGCAAAAGAAAAAUUAAAAAAGUCAAGAGAAGAAAUAAGAGCAGAAAUUCAGACAGAGAAAAAUAAGGUAGUUCAAGAAAUGAAGACAAAAGAGAAUAAGCCACUGCCGCCAGUUCCUAUUCCAAACCUCGUAGGAAUAAAUGGUGGAGAUCCAGAAGAUAAUGACAUAAGAAAGAAAAGGGAAAAAAUUAAAGAGAUGAUGAAACAUGCUUGGGAUAAUUACAGGACCUAUGGAUGGGGACAUAAUGAACUCAGACCUAUUGCAAGGAAAGGACAUUCCACUAACAUAUUUGGAAGUUCACAAAUGGGUGCUACCAUAGUAGAUGCUUUGGAUACCCUUUAUAUAAUGGGACUUCAUGCUGAAUUCAUAGAUGGGCAAAGAUGGAUUGAAGACAACCUUGAUUUUAGUGUGAAUUCAGAGGUUUCUGUGUUUGAAGUCAAUAUUCGAUUUAUUGGAGGCCUACUUGCUGCAUAUUACCUUUCAGGAGAGGAGAUAUUCAAGAUUAAAGCAGUACAACUGGCUGAGAAACUCCUUCCUGCCUUUAACACACCAACUGGAAUUCCCUGGGCAAUGGUGAAUCUGAAAAGUGGAGUAGGGCGAAACUGGGGCUGGGCAUCUGCAGGCAGCAGCAUUCUGGCUGAAUUUGGUACACUGCAUAUGGAGUUUGUCCACCUCAGCUACUUGACAGGGGACCUGGUUUACUACAAAAAGGUCAUGCACAUUCGGAAACUACUUCAGAAAAUGGAUCGUCCAAAUGGUCUUUAUCCAAAUUAUUUGAACCCAAGAACAGGGCGCUGGGGUCAGUAUCAUACAUCAGUUGGUGGCCUGGGAGACAGUUUUUAUGAGUACUUACUGAAAGCAUGGUUGAUGUCAGAUAAAACAGACCAUGAGGCUAGAAGGAUGUAUGAUGAUGCUAUUGAGGCUAUAGAAAAGCAUCUUAUUAAGAAGUCUCGUGGAGGUCUUGUCUUUAUUGGAGAAUGGAAGAACGGGCACUUAGAAAAGAAGAUGGGGCAUUUGGCCUGUUUUGCUGGGGGAAUGUUUGCACUAGGAGCAGACGGUUCCAGAAAGGAUAAAGCUGGUCAUUAUUUAGAGCUGGGGGCAGAAAUUGCACGUACAUGUCACGAGUCAUAUGACAGAACUGCAUUAAAGCUAGGUCCUGAAUCAUUCAAGUUUGAUGGUGCAGUGGAGGCUGUGGCUGUCCGGCAAGCUGAAAAGUAUUACAUCCUCCGUCCAGAAGUAAUUGAAACCUAUUGGUACCUGUGGCGAUUCACUCAUGAUCCACGCUACAGAGAGUGGGGCUGGGAAGCAGCACUGGCUAUUGAAAAGUAUUGCCGAGUCAGUGGUGGAUUUUCUGGGGUCAAGGAUGUAUAUGCCACUACUCCCACACAUGAUGAUGUACAGCAGAGCUUCUUUCUUGCCGAAACAUUAAAAUAUUUGUAUCUGCUGUUCUCUGGUGAUGAUCUUUUACCUUUAGACCACUGGGUGUUUAAUACAGAGGCUCACCCUCUGCCUGUGUUACAUUUAGCCAACACCACACUUUCAGGUAAUCCUGCUGUUCGAUGAAAACAGCUCCAGAAGGACCAUUCUCACCUGUGUUUUGUUUACAUGGACCACUACAAAAACUAGUCUGGAGAGGCGGCUUUUGAAAACCUGGACCUCUAAGUUAACAUGGCAGGGUGAAACUAUUCCCUGUAAGACUUUUCAGCUUGUAGAUAUAUCAACUUUGAAAUUAUUCCAUUUUAUACCUGACCAAAAUAUGUUCUGGUACGUGUAGAACAGAGACCUGAUGCGCUUUGAUUCUUAAUGAGAUGAUCACAUGAGAAAUGAAGCCUAUUACUACUGUAUUGUUUUUAGAGGCCUAGAGUCUGGAAGCUAGACUUCUUAGAGCAAGCCAAGAAUAUAGAGCACCUUGCAGGAGUUAGAGAUGGCCUUUGGAACCAAUUAUAUUUUGUUUCCUGCAGCAGUGGAGCAGCUUUCAAAUCAGAUAUUUACACAUUGUUUAUCCCUUUUUUCUCCAUUUUAAUGAUGGAAUGAACUAAGAUAAACAAGACCAAAAGAACAGUAUACCUGCAUCAGCAGCAAGAGGACUAAGAAAAGAAACAGAAAUACCAUCCUGUCUGAAUUUCCAAGUUCCCCAUUGGAUGAACAGAUUGGCAAUAAUUUCAAAUACCAAUGUAUUUCACUGAAAUUUCUUGAUUAAAUUUAGUUUUCUCUGGGGGCAUGAUCUCACAAAUAAUAUUCUUAAAGUCUUUUUCUCCAUAUGGAAUCAUUGAAAUUGCUCUUUAUCAUAACCACUACUUAUGAGCCUGGGUUUGGGAUUUUAUGCAUGUAGUUCAGUCUAGUGUUGGUAGCAUGACAAAAAGUGGGGGAAAUGCUGCAAUUUGUUGCCUUGAAAUCUGUUCUAAGAGAACUUCUUGGUUUUGUUUGUAUAUUAUUUUUCCAAGCCAGCAAAUUUACUGAGUAAAUUUUAUCCACUUUAGUCUCAUAAUAAAGUUAGUAGAGUCACUCAACUUACAACUUUAAUUAUGUGCAAAUUUCCUAUACUGUCAUGCAGCUCUACAAUUGCCUUGAUAAGCUACAUUACUUUUACAACUUAUUAAAG